AUAACUUGUCGCUCUUUGAUGACGAAUGUAUAAAUGACCGUGACCGUUUGACAUGUUUUGAAGGAAUAUAACGUGCGAGAUACCAUGAAUUUGGCUGCAUUGUUGAAUAGUUUAAGAUGUUCCUUGCUACACAUCGAAAGCAGGCUUCUGUGGGCGGCCGGAAUAGAAAGUCAGUUGGUUCCAGCCCUGGCAGUUAAUGGCUCCAGUCCGCUCCCUUUUAUCGAUGAGCAGCAACAGAAAGAUGGGCAGUGGCUGGAACGACCUCCCGGCGUUCUCGACAGCAUCUUGUGGAUGGCAGCACCCAAGAAGAGACGCACCAUUGAGGUCAACCGAACAAGAAGGAGGGCUGAGCCCAAACUUGUCAAAGUCAAGCUGAACAUCGAGCCAUGUCCAGAGUGCGGCCACCUCAAGCAGAAACACAUCCUGUGUGGCUUCUGUUAUGCUAAAGUGUGCAAAGAGACUGCUCGGAUUCGCAAUCAAAUUCAAGCGAUGGAGGGCGGUCCUCUGGGGGCCCCAAGUGUGGAGACCGUUGUGGUGUAUGCGGAUGAGAAGCCUAGUGAGGCGGACCAAGGCAAGAGGAUAGUGGAGAUGCCCAGGAAGCGGCCCUCCUGGUUCGGCCACUAAUGCUCGUGUAGUCCGGCUGCAUGUAGUACACACCUUUUUGUUUUAAUGCACACUGACUGAUGUGCUAUCAUCUGCUGUCUAUAUUAAUUGUGGCUUGAUCUCUUUCUGGAGGCACAGGCCAUGAGCAGCAUUUGGGUUGUUUAUUCUAGUGUAUAUGUGCAAAGCAAAAACUGAAAUUGAAAAAUGUUUUGUUUGGUAAUAAAUCCAUAAUGUGGUGGGAAAAAAAGCAACAAUAGCAUGUCAUUGGAUCAUCCGUUUUCAAUAUUGUAUUUUAUUAUGGUCACGGGGGGAGUUGGAGCAUAACCUUGCUGACAGGUACAACUUGGAGUGGUCGCAGGAAAUAUGUGAACAAAGUCACAUGUUUAUGGACUAUUUUGCAGCCGCACUUUUACUGAACAUGCAUGUUUUUGGAACGUGUGCGCCUACACAAGCAAAAGGAAAACAAGCACACGUCAUAGAGGAGGGCCUGAGCCAAGAUGAACCGUUUUACAUUUUACAUCUAACAGAUUUCUUACAAAGUGGAGCAAGUAGAAGUAUUUUAUGUUGACAUUGUAAUGCAGUGUUUGAUUAACUGAUCAAGUCAUAACUUUUGAAAAUUUGGGAGUGCUUACCUGUGGCGCAAAACCCCCUUGUUCCAUACACCCGAUUGUGUGUGCAAGUGGACCAAAAAAAAAAAUUUGUAAAUUUGUGCGUCAUGAUGCACACUAUACCACAUAUACUUCCAUGCUCAUGUACAGUGGUGU